AUACUCUCAGUUGUAAGCAGAACUUCAUGAAAAUUUAUUAGCUCGCAGGUCGAUAGCCGCCGGGUUUGAAACCUAUCUCAAUCUGUUCAAGUCGUGACAUGCAAUAGUUGAAAUUGCUACCUUCACUCUGAAGACUGUUUUUGUCGCGUAAUUCAGCUUUAUUGAUAACAAGUUUGCUGUUUGCCUCUGAACACUCGAUCACAGGGAACUAUAACACUUCGUUCGAGUAGCCGACCUUCUACUGCUUUUUGUCAUCGUCUCGUUAACAUACCAACUUCGGUAGCAAACAAAGGCGACGCACGUAGAAUCCUGAGAGGGGUAUUCCUUUAAAGUUAGCGUGACCGAAUCUCAACAUGAUCACGCAGAAGAAUUUAUUUGCCUCAUCUCUUCGAGGAAUUCUUCUGUUCCUGACUUGGCAAACUAUCAAUUAUAAAGGCGUGACAUCGACCUCAUGCCAAUCCCAACCAUGUCUGUACUUCAGCAACAGUCGCGCUCUCCAAGCGUUAGAUAUCAGCUCCUCCAACUUGUACUCAGUCGCACCAAACCUCAACUCUGUUGAUGCAGUCGACGUGCACGUGAAACUGAAUUUGGUGUACUGGAGCGAGCGUCAGCCAAACGUCAUAAAGAGGCUGAACAUUACUAGUGGAAAAGUGGAGAACGUGUCAACAGACAGCAACAUAGGUCAGAUCAAAGGUAUUGCGGUGGAGUGGGAGAGUGGACUAAUUUAUUGGACUGAUAACACCAAUCGUCGGAUCGAAGUAGCGCAGUUGGACGGGAAAAACAGACGGGUCUUGUUUAGUAAAGAUAUACGAAAUCCUCUUGGAAUAGUUGUGGACCCAAGAAAAGGGUACAUGUUUUGGUCAAACGGAGGAUUUCAAAGUAAAAUCGAGAGAGCUUCUUUGGCAGGUGAAAAUCGGAAAACCUUGGUCAACCUUGGGAGCUCGUAUUCUAACGUUCCGGUCGGGAUGACCAUCGAUUUCCAAGCAAACCGUAUAUAUUUUAUUAGUCGAGGACUUUUUACCAAAAGGCUGGAAAGCAUUGACUUUGAUGGAAACACCCGACAACAGUUUACAUCCCUCUCAUCCAUUAGUUAUCCUUAUGAUAUUGUAUUGCUGAGCGGAGUGUUUUACGUAUCUGACGCGAGAGGCAACAAAAUCUUCAAGAUCGAGAAGUCCACAAAGAGAUCUCUGGGAAACUACGCAGGUCUUGGUUUCAGUAAUCUUCGAGGGCUUGAGAUGUUCUCCUCCUUGCGACAACCUAAAGGUAGCUCUGCUUGCCACAACAAUAGUGGAUGCAGCCACCUUUGUCUGCUAUCGCCAGCAGGGAGCCAAUGCGCAUGUCCAAUAGGAAGCAUUUUAAAGCCUGACGGAAAGACGCGUGAUGAUUCAGCAUCCAAACUUCUCCUAUUGGCUGAUAAGACGCAACGAGGACUCUAUCAAAUACCAUUGGGAGCAUCAAUUUCAAAGAAGGCCAUGGCAAUCCCAUUAAACAAUGUCAGGAGACCUGUGGGGGUUGAAUUUGACCCCCUUAAUGGCUUCGUCUACUGGUCUGACAGCUUCAGAGACGUAAUUUCCCGAGUCCAUUUGAAUGGCAGCACACAGGAGGAAGUGGUGGAUCGUUUGAGAACACCUAAUGGCAUUGCAAUAGACUUCAUUGCGAGAAAUCUGUAUUGGACAGACAAAGGGUCAAACAGAAUCGAAGUGUCUCAGUUGGACGGCUCCUUCAGAAAGACUCUUGUGUAUAAUGAUCUUUGGGAUCCACUUGACAUUGUGCUCGACGUGGAGAAGGGAUACAUGUAUUGGAGUCAGGAAGGGAGUUCAUCCAUCGAUACCAAAAUAGAACGAGCCGAUAUGGAUGGAAUGAACAGAGUUGUCGUCAAAAGCUGGAAUUAUUACUCUCAUACCACUAGGUCUCCAAAUGGCCUCGCCCUAGAUAAAGAGCAAAAUCGUCUGUAUUAUUUCGACGAUUACACAGACCGUAUCUACUACGUUUCACUGAGUACUGGCGCCGAAAGCACUCUAUUGAUCAGACAGGGCAGUCCCAAGGGAACAGUCGUACAUGGAAGUUACAUUUAUUGGACAGAGACACAAGGUCAAAGUGGUGCGGUCUACAGGGCUGAUAAGAAAUCAGGAGAAAAUGUCGAGAGCGUGGUCAGCGGCCUUGUUGGGCCGGAAGAUAUCUGCGUUUACGACGCAAACGACUCGUUGCUCCAGACAGUGAAAUCAAAUUGUAGCAGGAACAAUGGAGGUUGCAGCCAUCUUUGUUUGCUCACUCCAGGCGGGCAUCGAUGUGCAUGUCCAAAUGAAAUGAAUUUGAAGCCCGACGGGAAAACUUGUCAUUUUAGCGAGUUUUUACUUUUCGCCGACUCAACAAAGAAGAAGAUAUACCUGAUUAAUAUCGACAACCAGCAUUCACAAGUGGUACCCCUGGAACUAGGUAACCUUCAAGAGCCCGAAGCACUGGACUUUGAUCCGCAGACUCACUCCAUUUAUUGGUCUGACCUGCAGUUCCGUCAAAUAGUACGCGCUAAUCCUGACGGAAAAUCAAAGACGAUCAUUGUUAACAGCGGUCUCCAACGACCCAGAGGCAUUGCAGUUGACUAUGCUGGAAGAAAUUUGUAUUGGACAGACUAUGACGGCGAAAGGAUUGAAGUCGCAAAACUUGAUGGAUCACAGAGGAAGGUUUUAAUCUCUCGAAAUAUUGAGAAGCCUGUGGACAUUGUGUUAGACUUGAAUAACGGUCUUAUGUACUGGUCGUCGUGGAGUACACAGCCAAAAAUAGAGCAAGCAUCCAUGGACGGAAGUAAUAGGAGUACGGUUGUUUUGUUUCAAAGAAGCUGGUGGCAUCGUUCCGCAAACCCUAAUGGAUUAGCUUUGGAUCCCGAAACUAGCAGGCUCUUUUGGGUUGACACGACUAAAUCUCUGAUACAGUACACGGACCUUGGACUUGGCGAUGGUUCCAUAACCACUCUCCCUGUCCCAAGUUUCUACUUAUCAAAUGCUUAUGGGUUGACUUUGAAAGACAAUACACUGUAUUGGAGCACCUCUGGAUCCAUUUAUGCGGCAGACAAGAAGACGGGUGGUAACGUGCGUCGUUUAGUAAGGAAUAUAGCGAGUCCUCGAGAUGUUCACGCAUAUCAUAACUAUUCAGCAAUUCCAGAUGACCACCCUUGCUCUCUGUUCAAUGGAUGGUGCACACAUCUUUGUCUGUUAAAACCAGGAGGGUAUCAGUGUGCGUGUCCAACUGACACCGGAGAUAUUCCCUGCAAGACUACACCUGUUAUUCCACCUUCGUCCACACUGUCGCUCUCACCUUCGUGGUCGCCUUCGCCAUCCUCGUCGCCAUUGUCAAUAUCAUCCCCACCAUCAACAACGUCUUUCACAUCUACGCCAUCUUCCAUGUUAGCUGUUUCAACAUCGUCAAAGUCACCACUGCAAUCAACUCCUCCAUCUCCAUCACCACUAUCGAUGCAAACAUCGUCGUUAUCGCCGUCACUGUCAGUUUUCAAUUUCCCAAUUUCAUCAUCCUCUCUGCCGCUGUCAUCAUCAUCGAUGUCGUCGCUGUCCGUCUCUUCCCCGCAACAAGAACCUGCUUCAUCAUAUACAUUAUUGAAGCGGCCCUCAUCUUCCAUCGUACCAUUAUCACAUUCUUCCGUGAUAUCAACUUUACCACCCCUAGUUGAUGCGUGUAUUUCAAGACCUUGUAAAAAUGGCGGUACAUGUCUCGAGGGAAACGAGGGUAGCUAUACCUGUCGGUGUGCCUUAGGAUAUACCUGGCCUCAUUGUGAGCUCAAUAUAGGUGACAAUGUCGUGAGUAUAGCAUUCAAAAUGACCACGGCUCAAUGGAACCAAGACACUCUCAGGAAGAGCAUUGCAAAAGCAUUCACCGAGUACUGCACAAAAGACCAACGCCCUUGUAAACUUCGUAAGAGGCUGAACGAUAUCAGAACCCGAUCAACACCGCGCAUCGACGAUAUCAAUGUUUUCAGAACCGAGGACGUGUUAGUGCUUGGAAGGCAUUUUGAAGGACACCAACGCCUAUUCAGCAUCGUUCUGGCAGUGUUGGUACCUGAAGAAAAGCAGCGCCAGUCAUCUCUAAGACAAACCAUCUCAGCUGCUACUCUCUGCAAAAUGAUAGUAAAAACGUCAGAACGUAUUUCAGAGUAUAUGGAUAACGUUGAAAUAGUCUUAAUCAAUGGUGAAAAGGAGCCAACUUGUGCGUCUAACCCAGUGGACGAUGAUGAACACGAAGGCAAAAACGGACAAAUCAGUGGGAAUAAAGAAAGAAAAGUGGAUAGUCAGCAUGAAGAAGGGUUAUCUUCUGGUGCUACAGCGGGAAUUAUUUUGAGUAUCAUUUUAGUUAUCAUUCUCGUGGGUGUUGGCUUCGUCUUAGUGAGGUCGCGGGAAAAGGGGUUGAAAAUUUUUAGAACCCCUUUCACACUUUCAUUUAACAAUCCUGGCUUCGAGCCUCAUCAUUCCAAUCUUCACGACGACAAUUCAGGAGGAGUUCCCUUCAGUAUUCCAGAGACUUACGAUCCUUACGAGGUAGUAAAACGUCCAUCUUCAAUAAGCGAAAGACAGUUUCAGAACCCAGAAACAUCUGUUUACGAGCAAGAGUGCGAGAAUCCUUUAUAUCUCGCAAAGAGUAAAGAUGGUGAUUUCCAAAGCUCAGCUGGCAAUCCAAUUUAUGAGUCCAUUAACGGGCACGGGAGUGGGAAUCCAAAGGGACCAAGACCUGAAUCUGAUUAUGGAAGCUUGGCCAAACGAAAAUUUCAUCCCGAUGGCGACCGAAAUGAAGAACCACUGUAUGCUAAGCCAAAUAAAAUAAAACCUCGUUCGCCCUCUGGGUUUAAUUCCCCUGAAGCGCAAAAUGGCAACACUUAUGCCCAGCUUGGCUUGGGGAGCGUUGUGCAACCUAGCCAAGAUAGUGGUUUUGAGCAGCCUGGGUACGCGUCACUCGCUCCCUUCUCUCGAAAUAUCCACGGAGGCAAUGGCAAAGGUGUUAGUUCUCGCAAGGGUAUUUCCUCGCAGGAUAAUUUUUGGCCUCAAAACACUGUGCACCCCCAAAAUCCCGAAAGCCAGAAUGAAAAACCAGUGAGUCCAAGGAAAGCUUGUUUCCUUGGUUACCCAGCGAGCCGCCUGGCAGAUGAGAAUUGUAGUAAAGAGCAGUUAAGUAGUAAACAGAAAGUCCGAAGUACAACUUUAAAGGACAAGGAAACGCCUGUCUUACAUCUUCCUACUGAGCCUGGUCCUGAAGAGACGAUUAUCACUGGACAGGGAAACGUGUCUUGCUGUGCGCCAUGCAAUCUUAAAAAAAGAGAAUGGCCACAUUACUCAAAUAACCUUCAAUGUCAUCUUGAUCACAGUUCUACAGGAUCGCUGUAUUGCAGUAUGGUAGUCACCAAGGAAAGGGGAAACAUGCAGCAACAGACUUUUUAUAAGCAGUUUCAUCCUUUGGUACUUUUGACGUUGGCCGUACUUGUUUCGAGAAAUAUGGGAGGUUCGCAUGGCUGUCAGAGCAACCCAAGCCUCUACUUCAUUGACGAUCACAAUAUCAAAUGUGCCACUGUCAAAUCUUUGCAACAACCAAACCCUUCCUUUCAAACGGUAGUCACUAAAAUUGCUGAAGGAGCAGGGAUUGACAUUGAUGUGCGAAACAGAAUGAUCUAUUGGAGUGACACCACGGCGUGGACGAUAAACCGAAUGAACUUGACUUCAGGAGAAAUAAAAGUCAUUGUUAGGCAUAAUGUAGGAGAGGUUUACUCCCUGGCUGUUGAAUGGGAAAGCGGCUUGAUCUACUGGACGGAUUAUAUCUACGAGAGAAUAGAAGUAGCUAAACUUGAUGGGAGCUCCAGGAAAACUCUUGUAACACAAAACGCGCGUUCGCCUGUUGGAAUUUCAGUCGAUCCAAGAAGUGGAUACAUGGUUUGGGUGGAGCACGAUUACGCAACGAGGAAGAUAAUGCGUGCAGAUUUGACAGGCGAAAAUCCUGUAGAGUUGCAAAAACUUUUUUAUGGCUUGCCUCUAUAUGUCAUUAUUAAUCACAGCGAUAGUCGAGUGUACUGGACCGAUAUUCAUCGUUCAUUUACUUUUAUUGGGUCAAUUGGAAUUAACGGAAAUCAUUUCAGACGUGAGAAAUAUCUUCAUCCAACUUAUUUCCCAUUUGAUUUGGCAAUCUCUCAAAAUAUCUUUUAUUGGGCUGACCAGAAUUUGCAUGGAGUCUCGUGGUUCAAUCAGAGUUCGUCUUCCAGUGUGGUGAAUCUUCAAAAUCUAUCUCCUCUUGAUUUAAUUGGAGUGGCAAUAUCUGAUUCAUCAACUCAACCAAUAGCGAUCCAGGAAAAUCCGUGCGUAGUCAAUGAUGGAAAUUGCAGCAAUUUGUGCCUGUUAACCCCAGGAAGGGCAAGAAAGUGCGCCUGCCCUGAAGGAAUUAAAUUAAGGAAUGACAGCAUCACUUGUGAAAACGAAACUGCGGCUGCAACACUACCACCGCCCCUUCCAGCCAUACAAGUUCGCCUCAGGCCCCGGAGCGCCUCCAAGGAAGGUAAAGGCCGUGUCGAGGUUUUCUAUAACGAAGUUUGGGGAACAAUUUGUGAUGACUACUGGGGUCUCGACGAGGCGCACGUUAUCUGUCGCAUGUUGAACUAUUCGGGAGCACAAUUUGCACCCCGGAAUGCAUUCUUUGGCCGUGGAUCAAUUUUUAUGCCAAUUCACUUAGACAAUAUUAAGUGUCGAGGCGACGAGUCGACAAUUGCUGCGUGUCGCCAUAAUGGUUGGGGCCAAAAUGACUGCUUACAUUCAGAAGAUGCCAGUGUGGUAUGUUGGACCGACUCGGCUCCUCCUAUUCAAGAGCCAACUUUGGCCCCUGGACCCUAUCCAGAACUAAAAGUGCGAUUACAAGGUGGAGACAAUUAUUAUAAGGGUAGAGUUGAAAUUUACCUGAAUGGAACCUGGGGAACAGUAUGUGACGACUCUUGGGGAAUUGAAGAAGCCAACGUCAUUUGCCGAAUGCUGAACCACACAGAAGGAGCCGUCAGCACGCAGUGCUGUGGAUUCUAUAAUGGAUAUGGCGUUUCCGAAAAGAUUUGGCUGGAUGAUGUUCACUGCGUUGGAGAUGAAAAUAGCAUCGCGGAGUGUCGCCAUGGCGGCUGGGGAAAACACAACUGCCGUCACUCAGAAGAUAUAGGGGUCGUUUGCAAGCAUGCUCCAUUAUCAACACCAGAUCAAAUUGUGCGACUAGCAGACGGAGCUCGAGAGAGCGAGGGACGUGUGGAAAUAUUCCAUAAUGGAGAGUGGGGAACGGUUUGUGAUGAUCACUGGGAUAUCAACGAUGGAGAUGUUGUAUGCAAAAUGCUAAAUUACUCGAGAGCACUGCGAACCCCCAAACAGGCUUUCUUCGGUCCAGGAAAUGGUAAAAUUUGGCUUGGCAAUGUGAAAUGUAGCGGGAAUGAAACAAGUCUUUUGCAGUGUGGAAACCCGGGUCGGAAUGUUGACAUUUGUGACCACCACGAAGAUGCAUCUGUUAUAUGCGAAACUGAGGCACCACAUUUAGAAUCCAAAAGUUUUAUUCUAGCAUGUGGACUCGGACGAGAACUUCUUUAUCAUGUCCCUCUUGAUACGAAUCUGCCUGAAAAAGGUAUGCCCCUGGCAAUAGAGACUAACACUCCACUGGCAGUAACCUUUAACAUUGAAGACAACUUGAUGUACUGGACAGAACAAUCUGGAUCUAUUCAUCGUGCUUAUUUGAAUGGCAGCUUCAGGGAAGUCUUAUUAACAGACCUCAUCCGGCCCACGGCUAUUGAAAUAGACCACGUGGGUAAUAACCUAUACGUGGCAGAUCAAAAUGGUGUCACAGUAUCGAAGCUUGAUGGUUCAUAUCAGACUCUCCUGAUCAACAUGACAUCUUGUCAUGGAAUUGCUUUAGACAGCGUAGCAGGGUAUAUAUAUUUCACUGUGACUGGUAUUAGUCCAAGAAUAUUACGCGCAGACAUGGAUGGUAAAAAUCCGCUUGUUUUGGCCAAUGUGUCCUCCAUAAGAGGAACCAUAUUGGACAUAGCAUUGGACAAGGUCAACAAUCGACUUUUUUACUCGGACGAAGGCAACAACAUGGUGAAGUAUAUCAAUUUAACCAGUGGAGUGCAUCACGCUGUGCUGUACGGUAAUCCUCGCAGACCAGUUGGUCUUGCCUUAUUCAAUGGAACCCUUUACUGGACCGGUGAAGGGACUGUGGAGUUGUUUAGUGGUGGCAUCUAUAAGGUUAAAGCUGACACUUUAAAUGGGGGCAUCGUUCGUGAGGUGGUGGACCUUCUUUCGUAUCCUAAAGGAAUAUAUGCUCAUGACGCCCGAAUGAAGAUACCAGCAGUCGAUGAUAGUCAUCCUUGCGCUAGAAACAAUGGCAGUUGUUCCCACCUCUGUUUAAUAAACCCAACAGGCCACAGCUGCAUCUGUGUCGGAGCAGGUUCAUGCCAGACAUCUGUCAGCUCAUCAGCCUCUAUUACAAGCGCCAUGUCCUACUCAUCAACAACUCAUGCUACUGCAACAUCAACAGAAAUUCAUGCUUCAGCCUCAGUUUCUUUAUCAAUCUCAUCUCCGAUGUCCUCAUCAUCACCUUCCAUGACCUACCAUAUGGUGACUGAACACGCACACACAACAACAGUCAACUUUUCCCCUUCACCGGUGGCUCCGACGGCAACACGUGUAAGCCUUACACCUUCCCAAACCCCGUCUGAUAUCUGUGCAUCGCAAAAUCCUUGUGAGGAUCGAGGUAGCUGCCAAGCUGAUGUUAUCGAAGGCUACAAAUGCGUGUGCUUGGAAUAUUUUAUUGGCCAAGACUGUUCAAUAGACAUAAGUGAAGGAGUGGUGGUCCUUGUCAUAAAAAUUCAAGGAAAUGAGUUCAACAAAACCGACCUGAAGCAAGUCAUCCUUCAAAUCUUGAAUCGCCUCUGUGAAGAUCCCGAAAGCGAACAGUGUCCAAUAACAACAUCAGGCGGGGCAAGAAGAAAACGAGAAGUGCCAAAGGAAACUUUCAGUCACGCAGAGGUCAUAGUAAAGGAACCGAAAAAAAUCAAUGGUAACCUUCAAGUAGAGCUAGCUGUCAUCAAACGGAUGUCCAAUGGUUCAAUAUUUGUUAUAUCUGGCGCAAAUCUUGCCAGGAUAGUAAACGCUUCGGCGGCAGAAAUCGGUCAUAAACUGGGAGGGACGUUAUUAAGUGUCAUGUCGAAAUUCCCUGGACCAACAGCUCAGGCUACACAGUCUACCAUGCCGGUUGAUAAUUCCACGACAAUAACACAAAAACAACCCCAGGAUAGCACGACAGUACCUGGAACAACGACCGGUCAGGUACCAGCUGGUCCGGGUUCUGCAGCUGCCAAUAAGGGAGGAGGAGACAACGGUGGAGUUAUCGGCGGUGUGGUGGUAGCCUCCCUUGUUAUCAUCAUCUUGGUUAUCGCACUGGCGGUCUGGUAUUUCAGGGUAAAAAUUCCAAGUCUCGCUUUUUCUUACAAAAGGAACAGUGAUGGUCCUGAGCUACGAGUGGCUUCGUUUGAGAAUCCCGGAUAUGAAACCGGAAUAGGAUUUGCGACACAUGGUGAUGAUCUAUACCAAGAUCUACCUCCGCCGGUUGUUCUAUCCCCGUACGAGGAUCUCAAUGACUAUGGCGCUGUUAGCAAUCCUAUGUACUCUGAAUUUGGCGCCGACCAUGAAGCUUCGGUUAGGAGGUCUAAUUUCGGUACAAGUUUGUUCAGCAGCCAUGGGAAAGAAACCGAGAUUGGAGCGAAUGAUGCUAAGAAAAGCAAUGGAAGUAUGGCAGUAAAUAAGAUC